UAGCAAACACAAUGACGAAUCUAGCCAUAAAUUCAUUCUUGUUGGUGUUCUUCGCUGGAGUUUCUUUGGCCGAUAAUUAUUAUUCGUAUCAAGAUUCUUCAACUGACCUUCCAUUGUCCGCAGACUGCAGUGUCAAUGGUACAGAUAUAUUUUCCAUACCGGAAGGAGAUGCUUUGAUCAUCAAUACAACUAUUUACGACAAUAUUAAGGAAAUUACACGAAUGACUCUUUCAUUCGGACGAGACGUUACGUAUCUAGUGGUAGACCCACCCAAUAGAUAUGUUACACUGGCGACAUCGUGGUACACUCUUUCCGUCAAACCCAUAGAUGAAACAAUCGAAAUCAGUCAACCGAGUCACACCUUCUACUACAAUUUUACAUUGUCCGUCACAUGCGAUGGAAUCGACUACCCGGUGGAAUCUCUAAUUCCUAUCCACGAAACGAAUACUUACACUCCCGUUUUUUCGAAUGAAAUCUACGAGUACUCUUUGUUCUCGACGUUCAACGAAGACUUGCAGAGACUCAUAGAACUGAACCCAAUCGUAGCUAAUGACAACGAUAUUUCAAAUACGGAAGUCAUAUUUUCCAUAAAAGAUAACGAAUAUUUUGAUCUGCAAUAUGGAGGCGUGAUAGCAGGUUCUCUUAACAAAAAUCACAGUGCCAGAUUAAUACCGAAAAAGUCUGAAUUGGAUAUUGCACAAAAUAUGGAAUUUGUCAUAUACGUCACAGACUUGGGAUACCCGCCUAGAUCUAGCAACGCCUCUAUAAUAUUAAAACCUCUGCGUAUAAAGUCUCCGACUUUUUAGGAGCCUUAUUACGUAGGAGAUUACUACUUGAACAAUACUUUCAUAAUGAGAUCUCAACCAGAAUUGGAUAUUACUGGCAUUAGUAAAAACUACAAAAUGAAAGCUGUCAUAACAGGAUCUGAGUACAAUAGUUAUUACUUUCAAACAAACGUUAGAGAAAAUGGGACAGUGUCAAUAAUGAAAAACAAUAAUUUGCCCGAACUUGCGAUCUACAAAUAUAACUAAGCUACAUUUUAAAUGUUACUUACACCGACACAACCUUUAAUAAUUAUGUCACCAGCGGAUGUGCCACUAUUUUAAUAGAACUACAUCAUUAGUUAAACAUAUAUCUUACUUACCAUGUUUACUUUUUUUAAUUUAAAUAAAGAUUAAAUUAUAGCUAGAAA